AACAGCAGAAGGGCAAUUUUCCCUCCAAAUCGAAGCAAUAAGGCAAAAAGAGGGCUGUUCGGGGGAGGGUUUUCAGUUCCAGUCCAUCUUCUUCGCGAGCCGCCACGACCUCUCCUUCUCUGUCGCAGCCAUCAGCAGACGGCAGCAGCAAUGGCGUUGUCUUCUUCUUCGUCAGCCUACGACAUGCCGUGGGUGGAGAAGUACAGGCCCACCAAGGUCGCCGACAUUGUGGGCAACGAAGACGCCGUGUCCAGAAUCCAGGUCAUCGCUCGCGACGGCAACAUGCCCAACCUCAUCUUAGCCGGUCCUCCUGGAACUGGUAAGACCACUAGCAUACUGGCUCUUGCACAUGAGCUUUUGGGACCAAACUAUAAGGAGGCUGUUUUAGAGCUGAAUGCAUCAGAUGACAGGGGAAUCGAUGUUGUGAGGAACAAAAUUAAAAUGUUUGCUCAAAAGAAAGUUACACUGCCUUCCGGACGCCAUAAAGUUGUCAUAUUGGAUGAAGCUGACAGCAUGACAUCUGGAGCACAACAAGCUUUGAGGCGAACAAUGGAAAUAUAUUCAAAUUCUACUCGUUUCGCUCUUGCGUGCAAUACAUCUUCCAAAAUCAUUGAGCCUAUUCAGAGUAGAUGUGCCCUUGUCCGGUUUUCUAGAUUGACUGAUGAGGAGAUACUUGGUCGCCUAAUGAUUGUCGUUCAAGCUGAGAAGGUUCCAUAUGUUCCAGAAGGUCUUGAAGCCAUUAUUUUCACCGCUGAUGGUGAUAUGAGGCAGGCACUGAAUAACUUGCAAGCUACAAACAGUGGAUUCCGGUUUGUGAACCAAGAAAAUGUUUUCAAGGUCUGUGACCAGCCUCACCCAUUGCAUGUAAAGAAUAUGGUGCGCAACAUAUUGGAAGGGAAAUUUGAUGAUGCUUGUUCGGGUCUCAAGCAGCUCUACGAUCUGGGUUACUCCCCAACAGACAUAAUCACAACCUUUUUCCGUAUCAUAAAAAACUAUGAUAUGGCUGAGUUUUUGAAAUUGGAGUUCAUGAAGGAAACUGGAUUUGCUCACAUGAGAAUCUGUGAUGGAGUUGGCUCGUACCUUCAGAUGUGUGGUCUUCUGGCUAAGCUUUCCCUAGUUCGUGAAACCGCGAAGGAAACAUAAAAACAGAAGGUCGUAUUAACUACAAGUAGAACCUGCGACUUUUCGAUGGUGAAUAUUUGUAUUGUACUGUGGGUUCGAUUCAGAAAUCGUUUUGUUUUGUCUGGAGAAAUGGAUUAUGUGCAAGUUCUUUGUGUUUGUCUAGAAUUGCCAAGCACACUAUUAAGUAAUGGAAAUUUGAAACAUGAUAUUCAGUUUC